AUGACCCGGGGGCGGAGCCGGGUUCCGGGGGGCGGGCCCCGGGGGGCCGCAGCCGGGUUCCGGGCUCUGAAUCCCCGCAGGGACCCGACGGAGACACGUGUCUUCACUCGCUUUGUCCUCAGCGGGUCUGAGACCCGUCGGGUCCGCUUCGAACCCGCGGGUCACACACAGACUGUGAUUCAAACCGGUUCAGGAUCUGAUCCAGAGUCAGCUGGCUCCCGGACCCGGCUGCGGGCUCCCAUUGCUCUGUCACCGGGUUGGGAGAUGGCUGUGAACGUAGCCGUGAACGUAGCCGUGAACGUGGCCGUGAACGCAUCAGUGAACGUACGCUCCUAUAACCGCUACGAGCUGCUGGCGUGGCUCAACGACACUUUACUGACACGCUUCACCAAGGUGGAGCAGGUCUGCACAGGUGCAGCGUACUGCCAGCUGAUGGACCUGCUGUUUCCUGGGUCUCUGGAUCUUUCCAGGGUCCGGUUCCAAAGCAAAGAUCAGGUGGAUUCUAUCCACAACUACAGUUUACUGCAAGCUGCUUUCAGAACAGUUGGAGUCUUACGAUACAUCCCCGAGGAGGAGCUGAGGAAGAGGAACUCCACGGUGGCUCUGACCUUCCUCCAGUGGUUUAAGCGGUUUUUUGAUAAGAACAACAAAGGCCAGGAGUACGACGCCCUGGAGGCCAGAGGAGGACAGAGCAUGGCUCCUGCUGACUCAGAUGAUGUUUCCUCCGUGAAUCCUCGUCGGAAACUGGAGAUCAUUCUGAAGAUGGAAAGGACGAGAAAAGAGAAACCAAGAGACAACCCCAACAGGUCUGCUGAAGAAGUGACGGUGAUAUCUGACGAUGAUGAUUUGAUGAUGGAUGAGACGAAGGUGCAGAUCUCGGAGGUGAAACUAGAGAAAGACCAGUUUGCACGGGAGAAGAAGCAAGUGGAGCAAACUGCAGCAGCGGAGGAGAAGAGACGUGAAGCAGCGAGUCGCUGCGACGCUUUGCAGAGUUUCAUCAGGAAAGUCUCACGUGAGACUCUGGACUCAAACUCAACCUUCGGCACGAGAACACAUUCUAAUAUAUCUGGUCCUUCGCUUCUUGCCAUCUCAAACCCGCCCCACCCAGAAGACGCCAUCCAGGCCUGCUCCCGCACGCCGUUCUGCCUCUACCUGUACAUGGGGGUGGAGCUGGAGGCAGGACGAAGCACCAGCGUGGUCCUGGUCGGAUACUUUGACCAGAGCUCGGGGGUCCGAGUGGUCCGGCUGCUGUGCACGCUGCAGCUGAGUGUGGACGCCGCUGAUCCACGCACGUCCGUGGACAUGGAGCGAGACGCAGCACGGUCUGAUUCACAGCUGCUGCUGGACACGCUGAAGAGAUCCAACCUCUCUCUGUCCAACCUGGCUGUGUUCUACUGUGACGCUGUGGACCUGCGGCUGAGCCGGGGGUUCGAGUCCGAGCUGCAGGCCCACAGCCCGGGGCUGGUGUCGCUGUGCGGCCUCCCUGGCGUCGCAGGAAGAGCGUGCCAGGCCGCGCUCUCGGCUUCCUUCCAGUACGUGGUGGAGUUUGUGGCAGACCUCCGCCACCACUGCACCCCCCCCUCUGCUCCCGACAGUCUGAAGGAUCUGUUCACUGGUUACAACACGUCACAGCCCGUCUCUGCUCAGUGUUUAGAUUUCAUCCGCACGGUGGGGAACAUGGUCUGCAGCUGGACGCACCUGGUGAAGCACUUUGAGUCGUUGAGUGGAACAGCGGAGAUCGACCGAAUCCGAACCCAGCUGAUGGAUAACAAAGUGAAACUGCACUUCAUCUUCCUCCGCCAGGCGCUGGCCACCCUGCGCUCCAUCGAGGGCGUGCAGCAGAAAGGUGGAGCCGACGUGGUGGCUGAGCUGCAGAUGACCUCUGCUGUGAUCCAGUUCUAUGCAGCGACCAUCUUCUGUCCCUCCAGCGCCAGGAGCUUUGUCAGGAGACCCGACCUUUAUCUGCUCCCCGCGUCAGAGAUGAAGCUGGGCUCCUAUGCGAUGCGCUACAUGUCGGCCGCUGCUGACCUCGGGGAACAGGAGAGGAGCGACUUCCUGAAGGCUGCAGUGACCUUCUACAACGCUUUGCUGCGGAGUCUGGUGCUGAGUGUUCCUCAGCAGCUGGGACGAGUGACCCUGAGGGAUAUCAACACCGUGCUGAACCACCCGGAGAACAUUGAUAAUAACCAGUUGUCCAGAGUUGUGGUGUCGGAGCUGGGAGUCCAGCUCGGUCUGUGUGAAGCCGGAUCUCCAGAGACGGAGCAGCUGUCCCUGGACUUCCUCCGGGUCAUGAAGACGCUGAGGGAGGAACACACGAGCAGCACAGGAGGUCCUCACUGGACAAAGAUGUUGAGCAGCAUCAGCCCGGGCUCGACUCUGACCCGGCUCCUCCUCACGCUCCUGGCUCUGCCCGGCUCGCUGGGCAGGAAACAGCUGUUUUCUCAGGCGUUCGACAGCACCAAGGCUCCUCCUGAACACCAGAGCACCCCCGACCCUCAGCCAGGGGGGUGCAGCCGCAGGAGGAAGCUUCCCAUCCCCAGGGGUUCAGGCAGCGUGAAGAAAGACCAGGAGGAUGAUGAGAGUUCAUCUGGUGAUGGUUCCGUGGCGAAACACAGUCGGAUGACUUCCAAACAGCUGAGAGGUCUGGAGGAGUCGGACCACACCGAUAACUCCUCUGGUGAGAGCUUCAGGGUCCAGGAGGCCGGACGUUACCACACAGAUGUGGUUGUUGUGGAAGUCGGCCAGGAAUCCAGGAAAGUGUCUCAGGUCAAAAGGCUAAUCAAGGCCCAACCAGGUCCACAGGCAGAGAUCGUCCACGUCUUGGACAGUGAUGAAGAUGAAGAAGAGGUUUCAGGAAGCAAACCCCCCCCAUCAGCAGGAUUCCUGGACUCGAGCAGGCCACUGGUCUGGGGGAUGGUGGAGGGGUUCGAUCCCUGGCCGGCCAUCGUGGCGUCCUGUGGGCCGGAGACGCCUCCAGGGACGGGCGAGGUGGAGUGGCUGGGACAGAAGAUGUCCUCACAAACCUGUCUGCUGACCCUGAGGCCGUUUGCUGCCUUUGGCGAGUUCUUCUGUUCCAGCUCCUUCGCCACGCACGCCACCUACAAGGAAGCCAUCUUCCUGUCACUGGAGGAGGCCGCGCGGCGCUGUCAGAAACGUUUCCCGGCGCCGCCCGAGGACCGGGACCUGCUGCUGAUGCAGAUGUUGGACUGGGCCUUCGCAGGCUUCCAGCCCACCGGACCGGACGGAUUCAGACUCACAGCUUCUGUGAAUGGUGACCCUGAACUAACCGACCGGCCGAUGGUGAAGAAGAAGCUCUUCCCAGCAGCCUCCUGUUCUCCCCCCCCCCCCAACUCCUCCUCACCCACGAGUGUCCUGAGGACGCAGAUGAGAGAAGUGUCUGUGUCUCUGUACAGACUUUUGUCCGAUGGGCUGGAUAACGACCAAUCACAGGACUAUUUUCCCUACCAGAGGCGGAGCUACGUUCCCUACAAGAGGCGGAGCUACAUCAAAACCAACGAGGUGAACCACGUGACCGGAGUCUACAUGCAGCCGGACCAGCAGCUCCGAGAGGAAACGAUUCGUCGGAUCUCAGACUUGAACCUGGACAUCGAAGGCUUGUGUUUGUGCUGCGGCUCCGACAGCGUGGCCAUGUCCCACCCGCUGUUCAAAGGAAGCCUCUGUUUAAAGUGUAAACUCAACUUCACAGAAACUCUGCAUCGCUACGAUGAGGACGGGUACCAGUCGUACUGCACCAUCUGCUGCUACGGCAUGGAGGUCAUCCUGUGUGGCAACGACAGCUGCUGCAGGUCUUUCUGUGAGGACUGUGUGAACGUCCUCGUGGGUCCGGAGACGUUUGAGAAGCUGAAGCAUCAGGACCCGUGGAUCUGCUUCCUGUGUCAGCCGCACCGGGCCCACGGCGCCCUGAUGCCCAGGGAGGACUGGAGCAUCCGGGUCCAGGAGGUGUUCGCCAACAACAGCGCCAUGGCCUUCGAGCCGCACCGCGUUUACCCGUCGAUCCCGGCCAACCUGCGCCGGCCCCUCCGAGUGCUGUCGCUGUUCGAUGGCAUCGCCACAGGUCUCCUGGUUCUGAAGGAGCUCGGCUUUAAAGUGGAGAAAUACUUUGCCUCAGAGAUCUGUGAAGACUCCAUCGCUGUGGCGGCCGUCCACCACGACGGGAAGAUCAUCCAUGUGGGCGACGUCCGGUACAUCACCAUGGAGCAGCUGGAGGAGUGGGGUCAGUUCGACCUGCUGAUCGGAGGCAGCCCCUGUAACGACCUCUCCAUCGUCAACCCGGCCAGGAAAGGACUGUACGAGGGAUCGGGACGCUUGUUCUUUGACUUCUUCCGGAUCCUUCAGCUGCUGAAGCCCAGAGACGAAGACCCGCGGCCGUUCUUCUGGCUGUUUGAGAACGUGGUCUUCAUGAACUCCCACGACAAGCUCAACAUCUGCCGCUUCCUGGAGUGCAACCCGGUGCAGGUGAACGCAGUGAAUGUCAGCCCCGCCCACAGAGCUCGUAACUUCUGGGGAAACAUCCCGGGGAUGAGCAGGCCCCUCGCUGCCUCUCAGAGCGACCGGCUGAGUCUCCAGGACUGUCUGGAGGUCGGCAGAGAAGCCAGGGUCACGAAGGUGAGGACCAUCACCACCAAGUCCAACUCUCUGAAGCAGGGACGACACAAGUGUCUUCUGCCUGUGCUCCACAACGGGAAGGAGGACAACCUCUGGAUCACUGAGCUGGAGAAGAUCUUCGGUUUCCCCAAACACUACACGGACGUGCGCAACAUGAGCCGGCAGGAGAGGCAGAAGGUGCUGGGCAAGUCCUGGAGCGUCCCGGUCAUCCGUCACCUCUUCGCUCCCCUCAAGGACUACUUUGCCUGUGAGGAGCUUUUGAACCCAUCCAGCACAUCCACCACAUCCACCUCCCAGCCCACCACCUCCCAGUCCUCUGUCUCUCAGUCCUCCACCUUCCAGUCCUCCACCUUGCAGCCCUCCACCUUGCAGCCCUCCACCUUCCAGUCCUCUACCUCCGAGUCCUCCACCUCCGAGUCCUCCACCUCCGAGUCCUCCACCCCCCCGUCGUCCCCGGCCUCUCCAGAACAGCAGCUCCUCAGAUAG